AUGGAUCGUAAACGUAUAGCAUAUUUAAGUAAAAAAGUAUAUUUUUCAGCAGCACAUCGACUUCAUUCAUCAAUCUUAACAGAAGAAGAGAAUAAAGAAAUUUAUGGAAAAUGCAAUCAUCCUAAUGGUCAUGGACAUAAUUAUACAGUAGAAGUUAUAAUACGGGGAGAAAUUGAUCCUAAGACAGGGAUGGAUAAAGACGUUCCAUACUUUUCAAAUAAUCCGAGUACAACAGAAAAUAUAGCAGUCUUCAUAUGGGAUAAUGUUAAGGAGAAUUUACCUAAAGGUAAUUAUGAAUUGUAUGAAGUCAAAAUUCAUGAAACUAAAGAUAAUACUGUCAUAUAUCGAGGAGAAUGA